AUAAAAGAAUACGACACGUUUCGUAUUUGAUUUUCCUUUUUUUCGCUUCUUUCCGAACAAAAACAUGCCUAUUUUCUGGACCACACCAAAAAGUGUUAAGCUGGCAAAGGUCGUGGCUAUCGUGAUAACCAUAAUAUUCCUGAUUCUUCCAAUUGUCAACUGGAUUUUCGAUUUGGCUCCAAUUGAAGCACAUAAAUGGGCAAUCUCAAUCGGAAUGAUAAUUGGAGCUGUUCUUGAACUUGUUCUCAUUACAAUAAUUAUCCUAGAAUGCAAAUUCCUAAUUUUCAUUUCAUUGGUGAUCUUGGCCAUCAACAUUGCCGCUUUCACACUUUGUGCCAACCUUUCAGUUUUAAAAUUUGCAAUCUCAUCAAUGACCACACUGAAAGCCAAGCUAGGUAUCGAUAAUGAAGAUGAAGCGCUUGACAGAUCAAUCGUGAUGGAGCUCAUAGCUAUUGCUGUUCUGAUAUUGUUGCUCGUGAGAUAUUACGCUGUCCUAACAGUCUAUCGUUGGACAAAACUACCACGUGUCGCUGCGGGACCCCGGAUUACAGUUCAUAAUAUUAAAUAAUUAUUAAAAUGUGAAAAAGUUCGUGAUAAAGUUCUUGAAAAAAUUG